UGUGUCUCAAUAUGAAAUAUGCCUUACUAUAAAAACAUCCUUUCGAUAAAACAUCUUAAAUAAACCAAUCAGCAUAAAAAGCUGCAAACAAAUGGCUGCAAGUGGCACUGGCGUAAUUAGUGACUCAUCUGAUUCAGUUUUUAUUUCAUUGCUGUAGUUUGCUCGCUACUGCUGCAUUCAAGAGGGCACGACCAUCCAGUUACCAACGUCUGAAGCUUUCUGAUAAAGGUCCUCCCCGUCGCCACCGGAGACUCCAAUCCAACAGAACCGCUGGAUGGCGCUAAAACACCAGCGCUGCAUCAGGAGGCUCCACACGCGCUGUGAUGAAUCCGGCUGCUCUCUCAUCACUCGGACAGCUCAGAUCCAUUUCUCCAACUGCGAGAAAACGUUGCCAAACACCCAUCUGCAACCAGUAUGUUGAAGGGGGAUUGUAAAAAUCCACUGCAUCCUUGAAUUCAGAAAGUAUGAGUGACGGUCCGGCGUGUUGUCCAGCUGCCGUGGAGCUCUGGCGGAUGGGAAGUUGUGAGUCAGAGGCGGAGGACCAGUAACUUUUAUAGACUUUCAAGUCCACCGCCUCCAAGUAUCCAGCAGCCCCACUUUAGACUCAUUUCUCUCAGGGAUUGUGCGUCUGGAGAGCUUAACAUUAGACCAGUGUUUUAGGUUAUGUGUUGUCCAGGGCGUCUUGUAGCGACAAGGAAAUGCCAUUUGCCUAAAGAAGAGGCUUCCGUUUUUUUGUGGCUGGCAAUGGAGAAUAAAUGAAAGGGACAGUUCCCGGGAUUAACUGAAUGAACAACGGCAGAAUGCAGGAGAGGGACCUACAGAGCAUGUACGGAAGGGCGCUGCUGCUGACCGUCUGUAUGGUGUCUCUCUGGGGACAGCUGACCAGUGCAUCGUCACAUAGGAGCCACAUAGUUCAUGUGAAAGCAGGAACCUGUGAGGUAAUUGCUGCACAUCGAUGCUGCAACAAGAACAAGAUCGAAGAGCGAUCCCAGACUGUCAAAUGCUCCUGCUUCCCUGGACAGGUGGCAGGAACAACAAGAGCAGCUCCAUCUUGUGUAGACGCAUCCAUAGUUGCACAGAAGUGGUGGUGCCAGAUGCAUCCCUGCAUGGAUGGAGAAGAGUGUAAAGUGCUGCCUGAUCUCAAAGGAUGGAGCUGCAGUACAGGAAACAAAGUUAAGACAACUAAGGUCACCCGAUAGUCGUCUGUUUCAAGGAUAACCUCAUUUGAAACCAGACACUGUUUCUUUGAUCAACACCGUUGGACAAUUGGAUGUCGUGUUUUGAGAAUUGGUGGUAACCAGGGACCAAUGAGGACAACAAUCACGGACAUUCAAGUGAAUGAACCAGGGACCAGGGAGCAUUGUAUAAGACUACAUAUCCAAACAAAUUCCUGACAUUUGAUCUAGCAUCAACAGUAGCUGUCUCUGAACUCUACUGCCCACCAAAUCUCUCUUUGUAUUAUAGUUUUAUUCCUUUGGACUAGAGAUCUCAACAGUGAAGAUAUAUAUUGACUAAAGGACUCUGGAUAACAGAAAAAAAAAUCACUCUUGAAACAAAACCAUGUGAUGUGAAACUUUUGUGUUAUUUUCUUGCCACAAAGAGCCCCAGGACUCUUGAUGCAUAUCUGUGUUGAUCUCGUGAGAUCAUAAGCAUUUCCCUUCCUUUUAGCCUUAUGGAGCAGAUAUCUCUUCUGUUUCUGUUUGUUAAUUUAAAGUGUUUUGUCUUUUUUAAGUUUGUUAGGAUGUCAAGUCUUCUUUCUGAAAGACAAAAAGACAAUGCCACAACAAUGAAACCAAGAAAAAAAUGUAAGAUGUUUCGCUACAGCUCACCAAGGGUCAACAUAGCUCAGUUCUGCCAAAAUGUUUUAAUGGUAUCUGUUGUUUUCAAAGCCUGGUGACUACUAUUCAUUACAAAUGUCAGUAUUAUAUCAAUAAAUCUAACUUAAUGGAUAUUGCUGUUUAAAAAAGAAAGUUUGAUUUUUAUUUUUUAUUUUUUUACAGUUUCUCUUUCUGUUGAGGCAUUUUGCAUACCAGGCCAUAGUGCUGUAUAGGCAGGAGCUGUUGGGACUUAAAAUUAGCAGGUCAAGCAAAUAAUCUGACAAAAAAAGCAGGAAGAGGGGGAGAGCUCACAGCUAAUCAAGGUUGUGUUCAUGGUGGAUUUGAAAUCUGAAAAUCAGCAAAUGCAAAAGUAGGCCAUGUUCAAAAAUACAAAUGGGUGAAAUCUCAUUGCAACGUUCUUCUCAAAAUUAACAGACUUAAAAAAAAGUAUCUGAAAUCUGGUCCAGGGAGAUAAUUAUCUCUUACCCUAAACAACCUUAAUCCUAUUUGGUUCAUUUCCCAAAGUAGAUGUUGGUGUCAUCCUUGGUUUAUUGCAUUAAAUUAAUGCUACCCAUCACAAUCAAAUUAUAGGACUUAUUUACUUGUUUUUUGAGAUCCCAUGAGGCUUUUUCUGUUAUAAAUCCAAAAUCCUUGUUACUAUGUGUAGUAAAAUAAAGCUUCUGAGGGAAUUAGACUGAGGAGUGUACAACAGGAGGUUGGAAGACAAUCAGUAAAAGGCACAGGAUUAUUUAGCCCUAAUGACGUAGCCAUUUGAAUCAGUGGAGUUCAAGAUCAAAUAAAACGUCCGUUCAUCUUGACACAUAUAAUAUAGUUAUUAUAGUAACUGAUGGACGGGAAGCUCUAUCAUGACAAUUGGUUAGAACUGGGUUUCUUUGCGAAGUCAUAAGAACGUUAGGGAUGCAAUUAUAGUUCACCUGCAUGUGAUGUAUACCUUAGGGACAGGAAAUCACAGUAUAUUAUGUGCCACCCUUUUCUGAUAUGAUAAUAAAAUAAAUUAUAAUGUAUAUUUCCUCUAUAGGUGUCAUGUUUAUGACUCUAGGAAAAUAUCAUAUAAUCUGUGCAAAAAUGGCAUUUUAGUAAUUUCUUUCUGUAAAAAAAUUUUUUUUUUUUUUAAAUCAAACAUUACUUUGUGCUACACUUUCAUAAAUCCAGAGAUUGCAAAAGAGAGAAAAAAAGAAAAAGCUUCAGUCUAGACUCAAAACAAACCCUCACUUUAUGGGGAAUUUCAUAUUUUCUAAGUCAAUUUCCAUCUGUAAGUGAAGCGGUACAUUUGCCACAGAAUGCUUCUUAUACUAAACACAAUUAAUUAAGCAAAAAAUUUAAAAAGCUUGCUCCCAAAGACCAGACCCCAGGGACUGAUGCUGAAGGGGAGAAAUGAGAAGGUUUGCUAUGGUUAAGCGAUCCAGGUUGCCUCUUGUUUGGUUAGAAAUCAUUAAAUUACAGUAAUGACUAAUUUCUCAUUCCUGCAUGCAAUUCACUGGAGACCACCAUGGAUUUAAUAAAGACCUGGCGAUGAAUUACAAACAGUGAAUGGCUGAGGAAAAGCUAUGUGAUUAUACAGAGUAAUUCAUAAGUGCAUUAAUAAAACAAUACAGAAACAUUGCUAAAUCAUUUGAGAUAAAGGCUAUUUGCAUAAUUCAUUAAGAUUAAUCAGACCAGGCAAUCUAACACAGUGCUCCAAGGAAAAGAGGGAGAAGACAUGAAUCCGUUCCCCUGGAAAACCCUUUCUAUCUACAAACAAUGAUACAAAUCUACCCUUGGAUCAGAGAAUUAACCUCUGUGCACUUACAGCCCCUGCAGUGCUGAAACACAAUCCUUCAGUCAUUCACCUUUAUGCGGGCUAAUAUUCUAUUAAUAAUGAAAGAUCUUUUCAUACCAUUGCUCCUCUGGGUUUUGUUGCUUUGCCAUAAAAGACCUUCACAGAAGUUGAAUGGAAAUACAGUUUUUGUGUUUGGAAACCACAGUGCAAAGCUGAGGUCUGGCUGUUUGACAAUUUUGUCAUUUACUUCUGUAUUUCUGAAGUUAAAUAACUUCAAAAACUUCAAAAAAACUUGAAACUGCUGUGGCCCUCACUCCAGACUUUAUCGCAAUCAGCUCUAAUUGGGCACUAGUGUGAUUAAACAUUUGUUUGUUUAGUAACAUUAUAUCAGAAAGAUCUUGUAGAACUACAAAAUUGAUUUUGCUUUACAACUCUGAAUGAGUAGUAUAUCAUCGAAUAUAUUUCUUAGCUUUCGAUAUAUAAGGACCCAAGCAGGCAGACAUGCAAACAACGAGUAAACAAUUACUGUUGUUAAAUGGACUGCUUCUUGUACAGUUAUUUUCUACUCUCCUGGAGCACUCAAAGCGCUUUUUACAACAUGCCACAUUCAUCCAUUCACACAAGUACUUUCUUCUAUGCUUUUUAGUGCUUACUUUCUAACAUUCACACACAUUCAUACACCAAUGGAUGCAUCAGAGAGCAUUUUUAGGAUAUUUGGCCUGCAGACUGGGGGAGCCAGGGAUUGAAUGAGUAUAUGACCUGCUCUACCUCCUGAGCUACAGCUAAUUGUUAAAUCUAAAGAACUACAAAGUCAAAAAACUUACUAGAAACUAGAAAAUAAAAGGACUACACUUACCUGCCAGUUCAUUAGUUACACAGUUUUUAGUACCUGGAUGCAUUUGUUUUCCUUUCAGAACUGCUUUAAUUCUUUGUGGCGUAGAUUUAGCACGGUGUGGAAAACAGUCAUUUUGAUCCAUAUCACAAGUUUUAGCUGCUCAUCUGAAUUUCACAAAUCCACCACAUCUCAAUGAUGCUCUGUUGGACUGAGAUUUGUUGACUGUCAAGGCCAUUCAAGUUCAGUGAACGCACUGUCAACAUCAAGAAGCCAGCACGAAAUAAUUUUUGACAUGCCAUAUUAUCCAGCAGGAAGCAACAAUCACACUGUGGUUAUAAAGGGAUGGGCAUGGUCAGCCACAAUACUCAGGUACCCUGUGAUGUUUAAAUUAUGCUCAGUUGGUAUGACGGGGACCAAAGUAUUAACCCCUCCACAUUAUAUUAAACUAUUGAUACAAGGUAAGACAGAUCCAUGCUUUCAGGUUGUUGACAUCAAACAUGUAACAUGUGAGCCUGUAAAAAUUGUAGCCUCAGUUUCCUGUUCUUAGUUGACAGGAGUGGCAUUCAAGGUUCAAGAUUGUGCAUCCAGAGAUGCUUUUCUGCAUACUUGUGUGGUAACAAUGGGUUAUUUGAGAUUUUAUAGACUUUUUGUCAGCUAGAAGCAGUCUCUCAUUCUCCUUUCACCUUUAACCUUUUAGUGUGUGUGUG